AGCCGGGGUCGCUUCGUUGUGGGACCGGUGGGAGGCGAUCGGGCACUAAUGUCUGCUACACCCGGUGUUUGAGUUGUGUGGGAUGGAGUUUCGCUGACAAACAGACAGUAAACGCUACGUGAACUUUGUUUUUACCGAGUCUGUCUAAUAACACGGCUGUACAUCUACCGGGAGCGCUCACCUGAGCAAUAUGGCGGAUAAUAUUAUCAUCAGGGUACAGUCCCCAGAUGGAAUGAAGAAAAUUCCUUCCACCAAGAGGGAGACUGCUGCUGCUUUUUUGAAGAAGGUGGCCAAAGAGUUUGGAUUCAAUUCCAAUGGGUUUUCUAUUUACCUGAACCGCAACAAGACCGGGGAGAUCCUUUCUCAGAACAAAACCCUCAGCCUGCUUAAGAUCAAGCAUGGCGACAUGCUCUAUCUGUUCCCUUCAGGAUCCUCAACCUCCUCCGGGGAGGUUAUGGACACGGCUACCCCGCACUCAUCUUCAUCACUACCAUCCAUCUCAUCCUCUUCAUCCUCCUCAUCGUCCUCCAUGAUCCCUCGGUCCUUCUCAGCACCCCAGGUCCAAGAGGAUGAGAUCGAUCAGUAUCUGACCAAGCAAGACGGCAAGAUCUACAGGAACAAAGAUCCACAGCUAUGUCGCCAUGGUUCCCUCGGCAAAUGUGUGCACUGUGUACCGUUAGAGCCUUUUGACGAAGACUACCUGAAUCACCUCGACCCACCGGUCAAGCACAUGUCAUUCCACGCAUACAUUCGAAAGCUGACCGGGGGAGCUGAUAAAGGGAAGUUCGCAGCUCUGGAGAACAUUAGCUGUAAGAUCAAGUCGGGCUGUGAAGGCCACCCUCCCUGGCCAGAGGGGAUCUGCACCAAAUGCCAGCCCAGCGCCAUCACACUAAACAGACAGAAAUACAGACACGUGGACAACAUCAUGUUUGAGAACCAUACCAUUGCUGACCGCUUCCUGGACUUCUGGAGGAAGACGGGCAGUCAGAGGAUGGGCUACUUGUACGGCAGGUACACCGAGCACAAAGACAUCCCUCUGGGAAUCAGAGCCGAGGUGGCCGCAAUCUACGAACCCCCACAGAAUGCCUCUCAGAACAGCCUGGAAAUGUUGGAUGAUCCCAAGGCUGCAGCUGUGGAUGAAAUUGCUGCCAAACUGGGCCUGCGCAAGGUGGGCUGGAUCUUCACUGACCUGCUCUCCGAGGACAUGAGGAGAGGCACCGUGCGCUACACGAGAAACAAUGACUCGCACUACCUGAGUGCAGAGGAGUGCAUCACAGCAGGAUACUUCCAGAAUCAACACUCAAACCCCUGCAGACUCUCUCGAGACGGCCAGUUUGGGUCCAAAUUUGUGACCGUGGUGGCGACAGGUGGUCCAGAUAACCAGGUGCACUUUGAGGGAUACCAGGUGUCCAAUCAGUGCAUGGCUCUGGUGAGAGACGAGUGCCUACUGCCCUGCAAAGACGCUCCCGAGCUGGGCUACGUUAAAGAGUCCAGCCCCGAGCAGUACGUACCAGACGUCUUCUUCAAGGACAAAGACAAAUUUGGAAAUGACGUCACAUUUCUAGCCAGGCCUCUUCCUGUGGAGUACCUUAUUAUAGAUAUAACCACCACUUUUCCAAAGGACCCUCAGUACACCUUCUGCUCCACACAACGCUUCCCCAUCGAGAAUCGUGAUAUCCUUGGAGAGACACAAGAUUUCCACAGUUUAGCGACAUACCUGUCCCAGUGCACCUCCACGGCAUUCCUGGACGUCGUGUCGGACUUCCAUCUGCUCCUCUUCCUCGUCACCAAUGAAGUCAUGCCUCUGAGCGACAGCAUCGGGCUGCUACUAGACGCAGUGAAGACUUCUAAUGAGGAUCUAGCACAGACCUGGAAGAAGUCAGAGCAGUGGGCUACAAUCGAGCAGCUGUGCAGUACGGUUGGCGGGCAGCCCUCCAGCUCUCUCGGUUACGGGGCGAUGGGCGGCACCUCCGCCCCCGCCUCCUCCUCAGCCAUGUGGUCUUGCGUCCACUGCACCUUCAUGAACCAGCCUGGCACAGAGCACUGUGAAAUGUGCAGCCUGCCCCGCAGUUAAACCCCCCGCCACCACCCCCUUUUACACCCAUCCCGCUUCCACGCUCCACCGCUAGUCCCUAAUCUGAUCCGCCCCCGCCCAGCCCUCCUCUUAACUCGCCAAUGACAUCACUGCACCUGGACCAGCUGCAAGAUUUGGAUGCCCCUCCUCACCCCUCUUCCUCCCCUUUCCUCCCCCUCUUUUUUUUUCUGCCUCACUUCGAAGCCUCUUGUCCUUCCCAUCUCGCAGGCUGCUGUGAUGCGCAGAAGGAUGCACUCGUUUACAUCGAAUCCAGUAAAUAAAGUAAAACCAGACUGUGUUUCUUCUUUUUUUUUUUUUUUUUUUUUUGUAUCCCUCCUCACAGUGGCUCCUGUGAGUGGCGGCGGCGGCGGCGGCAGGGAGGGGGUUACGUUUAGGUAAAGCACUUUUGGCUGAGGCCCCUUUUUCCCUCUCAACCCACCACAUCACCCCCCAAAAUAAUCAACCCCCACCCGCCUCUUCACGGCUCAAAUAAAUCCUGCUGUGACUCAGGACAACAGCGACAAGACUCGAGUGUUUGGAUGAAUCUCUCACAUCAGUGCCCCUCUCACUCUCACAUGACAUCUUCUGGAAAUCUUGCUGUGUAUAAAUACAUUUGAGGAAUGAUACUGUUUAUUU